UGUGUGGCAGAGUGACCUUUCUAGUUCAUGAGUUUAGACUCGUCUUUGGUGCACAGUGUGUGAUACAGAUCAGAAAAUGAGGGGUUGCACAACCAGCACUUACCAUAAACAGAGAGAGAGAGCGAGACAGACAGAAAAAGGGAGACGGUUUUUUCAGAUUUCCUGUCUACUGUCAGACUCUGACUCAUAGCGUCAAACUUCUUCCUCCUUCCUCUGUUAGUGUGUGUUGUGUGAAGCAAGGGGGGAGGAGAUGGAUGAAGAACCUGAUCAGUAGUGGGUAUAUAAGCGUGUUUAGAUGGAGGUUAUGAUGAUGGCUGAUGGUUCAAGCUGUGUAAUAAUCAGUUUAGAGGAGCAGUAAUGGAGCGACUCGGUGUAUCUGUGUUGAGCUGCGUGCUGCUGCUUUUCUCCACUUCCCUUUUUACAGGCCUUCACGCGAGCCCCAUCUCUCGGACUCCAUUCGUUCUAAGCAAACUAUGUAAGUUUUGUGAUGUCAGGCCGAGUGAGUGUAACACCACUCAGGGCCACUGCAUGGUCAACUGCAAUAUCACUUCCAUCUGCGAGCGCAGUGAUGAGGUCUGCGCUAGUGCAUGGCGCAGAGAUGGUGAGAACAUCACCGUGGAAACCGUGUGUCAUGACCCAUCGGAGCCGUUUCACGGUGUGAUCCUGAAAGACUUCAACAACAAGGAGUGUGUAAUGAAGCAGUACGCACACCUCGGGCCUGACUUCUACAUCUGCUCCUGCCAAGAGGAAGAGUGUAAUGAAAAGCUCAUUUUCUCCUCAGCAGAGACACCAGUGAAAAACCCCCAAGUGUUGACCAUCGUCCUUGUUCCUGUCUCGGUUCUGGCCGUCAUGCUCCUCUCAUUGAUUUACUUCUGCUAUGUUCACACACUCCGUCAGUCCAAACUGAAGCAUGAUUUUAGUGACACACAUUCUAUCCUCACCACCAAACACGAACGUUCUGACAGCAUCUCAAACUGGCUCAAUCACAACACGGAGCUUCUACCCGUCCAUCUGGAUGAAAUGGUGGGGAAAGGACGCUUCGCUGAAGUGCACCGCGCCAGACUCGGGCAAAAGACGAGUGAAAAUGGGGUGUUCCAGACGGUCGCAGUGAAAAUCUUCCCACUAGAGGAGUUUGUGUCCUGGAACACAGAGCGCGAGAUCUUCCUGGACGCAGAGCUCUGUCACGAGAACAUCGUCCACUUCCUGGCGGCAGAGAAACACACAGUGGAGCAACGGUUGUGGCUGAUCACAGCCUAUCACGCUCGAGGAAACCUUCGAGACUACCUCAGAGCCCACCGACUCGAGUGGACAGAGCUCUGCAAGAUGGGUGGUGAUGUCGUAAGGGGUCUGGCUCACCUGCACAGUGACCGGAAUGCAGUGGGUGGAGUCAAAGUGCCGGUCGCUCACCGAGACUUGAAGAGUGACAACGUGCUGGUGAAGGACGACCGGAGCUGCUGCAUCUGUGACUUUGGCCUCAGCAUCCGACUCCACAACAACAUGAGCACGGAGGAGCUCGCUAACAGAGGACAGGUGGGCACGGCGAGGUACAUGGCCCCCGAGCUGCUGGAGUCCAGACUGAAUCUGGAGAACAUCGAGUCCUUCAAACAGGCAGACGUUUACUCCAUGGCUCUGGUGCUGUGGGAGAUCACGUCCAGGUGCACGGCCAUCGGAGAGCCGAGAGAGUACGAGCCACCGUUCGGAAAGUUGAAUCAGCCGUGUAUUGAGAGCAUGAAGGACACAGUGAUCAGAGACCGAGAGCGACCUGAGAUCCUGCUUGGCUGGAGGACACACCCGGGUGUGAAUGUGCUGUGUGAGAUGAUCGAGGAAUGCUGGGAUGAGGAUCCGGAGGCUCGCCUGACAGCUUCGUGUGUAUCCGAGAGAUUUAACAACUUCAGUGAUCCGUCAUUCCUCUACACCAACUUGAUCAAUGAGGAUAAAACAAGCAACCUCCCGGAGACAGAGGCGGAGCUAUUAAAUUUAAGCUCAUGAAACGUGUAGCGGAUGCGUUUCUGUCCGCAGACUUUCAUUUCGCGUUUGUACUUCAGAAGAAAAUCUGUAUAAAAUCAAGAAAACCAUAAGUAUUUUUUAUGUAUGUUAAACUUUCUGUAAAGUGAAUAAUGAGACGAUGUAAAAGUGAGCUAAACUGACUUUUAUAAUAAAUCACAUAAAGCUAAUUCUCUAA